AUGUUUGUUAACGUGGGUUCGGAGUAUCGCGCAGUUGUGCGUGUCCCUUUAAAGGGCACUAACAUGGAAAAGUCCACUUGAGCUGGUGGGGGUACCAUUUUGUUUUCACGUUAUUUUAAAUCUUAACGAAGUUGCUUGAAAAUAAAAUUACUUAGUGAAAUGUAAUACUUACUAUAUUUGUAUAAUGGAUGUCUUUAUUGUCUUCAUCUUCAUUCCAGCUAAUUAGAAAGUUAAAAGCUAUUUUCAGACAUCCCUCCUCCUCUCGGGCUCGCUGUGGCAGUGAUCCAGCUGGACGCUUUGAUUUCAGGACAGAUCAAGUCUGGUCGAUCGGCACCUUUUAGAAUUUGUUAUUUUAUUAAAAUACUCAAACCUCAGGGGUCACUCGGUUGUUAAGGAAUUACGGUUGUGUUCUACUUUAAAUGAGGACUCGUGUUCGGAGUGCACUUUUGGGGAACAGUAUUUGCCCGUGAAGGCCGUGUGGUUGUCCCCGGAGUGGCUCAACUGUUCUCUCUGACUGAUCCGAUGGGGGACACCGGCAGCGAGCGCAGCAACCCACCGAGUCUUCCUCCGCGAUGCCCCUGCGGCUUCUGGGGGGGCCUGUCCUGUUUCCCACAAGCAGGAAUCGGGUCAACCUACCUAUCUCUUGCAGCAGAUCCAGUAAGACCAUGAACCUGUGCUCCAAAUGUUUCGCUGACAUUCAGAAAAAGCAGCCAGAUAGUGAGUGUUCGUCCAAGUCAAGCUCAAGCUCUGAGAGUAUGCAGACAUACAACAGUGAAGCGGGCAGUGCCAGCAGCCCGGACCGGCCCUCACUGUCUCCACCUGCACAUCCAGAACAGCCGACAGUCACAGUCACAUCCCUCCCCUUCAGCACAGCACAGGAAGGAGCUUCAUGUUCCAGAGUAGCACAAGGUCUUCUCUGCACUCCCACCAAACGACCGUGCCAUACAGAUGUUUCUGCUUCAGACGAUGAGGCGUCUCCAGCUAAACGUGCGCGGCUUGAUGACUGCUCAUCAGGAAAAGAGGCGAGGAGUGGACCCAAGCAGAAGAACCGCAGGCGCUGUUUUCAAUGUUCAAGCAAACUAGAGCUGGUACAGGCGGAGCUGGGCUCCUGUCGCUGUGGCUAUGUGUUCUGCAUGCGCCAUCGUCUUCCUGAGCAGCACAAGUGUGAAUUCGAUCACUUGGGACGCGGUCGCGAAGAGGCUGUGCGCAAAAUGGUGAAACUGGACCGUAAGGUGGGCCGGUCCUGUCAGCGUAUUGGAGAGGAGUGUUCCUGAUUCCCGUCAUCCAUCCCUAGAUAGCAAUCCCUCAAGAAAGGCCCAAGAAAACAAGAAUUAAUAAGGAAAGAAUUGUCCAGAGCUUGAUCGGGGGUCGUCUCUCGUUUGAGGCCUCGAGUGACCCGAAGAGCUCGGCUCCUGAUGCUCUCUGCCUUAAUCUGUUGAAAACUGCCUGUUUUGACAGGUGGAUUGCAAAUCUUCAGCAGCAAGUCUUUUCAAGUACUAUGUGUUUGUGUGAGUGGCUGAGUGUUAAAGAUUUGUUAUUAGUCUAUUAAGUCUGUCAAACUAGGACCUGAUUCCUCAAAGAUCUGCUGCACCCACAGGCCUCUGCAACUAUAAAUCCCUGACUGAUGUUUCUCGAUCAAUGCCUCCGCCUGCCCAUGUAGUCUCUGUUCUGCUGCCAUUGUUUCUCUGAUAAAGACUUGUUUACAGAUUACAUGAAGUCAUGUUUGUUUCUGGCUCUUUAAUUGCACAUCACAACAUCUGAAAGACAAUCAAACCACACGGUUGAGUUGAUUAUAUCAGAAGGAAAUGGCUUCGAGGUAUAAUUAAAAAUGACAGUUUGAAGACGUUAGUGUAAACAUGUAUUUUGUUUUUUUGCAUAUUAAAUGAGCUUGUUUUAGUAUAGAAUUGUGUAUUUAGUUGCAUAUUUACUGCUUCAUUUGUUGCUUUUUUUUUUUCCAUCUCUUUGCUCAUGUUCUUAAAGUUGAAUAAACUGGUUUAGAUUAUGCUAGAAUGUUUCAGUAUUUAUGGGGGUUAUAUUGAAGAAAACAAAAUCCAUGAGUGACUUCACAGUCAGGCAAAGCAAUGAAGAGCAAGGUUUAGUGUCUGUCCCGCUAUUCAUUAAACAGUCCCACCAGGAUUUCGUGGCACUUUUUUCCAGAUUUUUGUGGCCCAAAAUGACUGAAUUUGCUGCAGCUUUUCUAAACUUUUGCUAUACAAUUUGCAGCAUUUUUUGGGGGGUUUGUUUUGCAGUAAAAAUUAUAAAAAUCAUCAUUAUAUACCUCUGUAAUUGGGUUACUGUAAUUCAACAUAAAUGCAAUUACAUAUAAAUAUUUUAGUGCAUAAUAACUGAAUAUACAGUUAGUAGGCAAAAAACUAAAAUAAAAUACACAAACAUUCCAUACAGUUAGGUGAAACCUGUGGGUGUUGGAAAAACCCUUAUUUUUGUGUG